AUGAAGUUCAUCGAGAAAACAGAAGACAAGUCAAAGUCUAUUUCAGCCACAGAGGCACUAGGGAUCGUAGAGAAAACUAGAAUGGACAGAAGAAUGGAGGGAAAUGAAGCAUUUCAAAGCAUACUCAAGUAUCUAAGAGUAUGCCCCUCUCCCAGAAACACGUCCUGGGCAGAAAGAGUCAGAAGAACUUUAGUGAGUGGAGGAAUGACAGAUUACGAGGCAUCAUUAGUGAUCAACCUGUCACCAGAAAGAAACACUGAUGCAAAAGCACUUAUUCCUUCUCUUAGCAGAAUGGACAACUAUGCGCUUGAUGCCCUUCUCAACACCAUAAGUGAAAUUCCUACGAAUUAA